AUGGCGGCCGCACGGAGCGUAGUGGAGCAUCUCGUGUUCUUCCAGGUCAAGCCAGACACUCCCGCGGAUCGCGUCGCCACUUUCCUCACCAACCUCAACGCGCUGCGCACCCUCCCAGGCGUGCUAUACCUCUCCGCGGGACCCGCUCUCCCCGCUCUCCCCGCCGCGCCCGCCGGCGCGCCUCCUUCCGCCGCCGCGACCUCCGCCAGCCCGUGGACGCACGCGCUCUUCGGACGGUACGAGUCGCGCGACGCGCUGCAGGAAUACUCGGUGUCGCCGCAGCACGUGGCCGUGGUGACAGAGAAUGUCAAACCCAUCAUCAGCGACAUCGCAGCCGUCGAUUGGGAAACCGACGUCCCUGAUGCCUCCACCUCCGCCUCCUCCGCUCCGCCCCCACAUGUCUCCAUCCACACCGCCAUGAUUCAGUGGCAGCAGGCCGCGUCACCUGACGCCAUAGCAGCAGCAGUGGCGCAGCUCAAGGCGGUUGGUGGGGGCCUUGGUGGCGCAGCAGCAGCAGCGGGCUGUGUGUCAGUGGGGGAGAAUUUCUCGCCUGCACGCGCCAAGAGCUUCACGUGGGGCCUGGCGGUGUAUGCAGGGGAUGAGGCUGUGGGAGGGAGGUUGUGGGAGCAGGAGGCGUGCAGGGCGGUGCUGCAGCUGGCUGAGAGGAUUCACUGCGUGCACUUGACUGGCAGCUCUCCUCUCAGCAGUUGA